GCGAACUACAGAUCCCGGUGUGCACGGCGGCGGGCUCCAGCGGGGCCGGGCUUGGAAGUUGUCCUUCCCCACCACCUAAACACUCCCGCCCCCCACUCCUCCCAACUUGAGGGAAAGAAUAAGUGAGUGAGAGUGAGUGAGUGAGUGAAGGAGGAGGAAGCGUUUCCCUGGUUGUACCGGUCACCUCUCUGGUGUCUGUUCGGUGUGAAGCCUCCUCGGUUCCCCGUCGCUUCCCCCCCACCGCUGACAUGGAGCGCUGGAAGGGACGCGUGGCUCUGGUAACCGGGGCGUCGGUGGGUAUCGGUGCGGCCAUCGCCCGGGCUCUGGUUCAGCACGGCAUGACGGUGGUGGGCUGUGCCCGGAGUGUGGACAAAAUCGAGAAACUAGCUGCUGAAUGCAAGAGUGCUGAUUAUGCAGGUACCUUGGUUGCACACAAGUGUGACCUAACCAAUGAGGAGGAAAUCCUUUCCAUGUUUUCUGCCAUCAAGUCACAGUACCAAGGUGUGGAUGUGUGCAUCAACAAUGCAGGCCUGGCCCAUCCUGAACCACUGUUGUCGGGAAAGACAGACCUUUGGAGGAACAUGAUUAAUGUUAACGUGAUAGCAAUGUCUAUCUGCACCAGGGAGGCCUACCAGUCGAUGAAAAUGCGAAAUGUUGAUGAUGGACACAUUAUUAACAUCAAUAGUAUGAGUGGCCACCGAGUAGUCCCAUCCUCAGCAACCCAUUUCUACGCAGCUACAAAGUUUGCAGUAACUGCCCUGACUGAGGGGUUAAGGCAAGAGCUUCAAGAAGCCCAGACGCACAUACGGGCUACGUCUGUAUCUCCAGGACUGGUGGAAACAGAGUUUGCAUUUAGGCUUUAUAACAAUGAUCCAGAAAAAGCUGCAGCAACGUAUGAGAACCUUGAGUGUCUGAAAGCAGAGGAUUUGGCCAGUGCUGUUGUUUACAUCUUAAGUGCACCUUCUCAUGUUCAGAUUGGAGACAUUCAGAUGAGACCUACUGAGCAGCAGACAUAGCAACCAAGGAAGGAGCAGCCACAGAUGUCUAUGAGCAAAAUAGAUUACGGCACAAGACCUCUUCUGGACAGUUUUUUUUUUUUAAAAAUGUGAUGCUAAGAGUUAUAUAAAGUCCUAUUUCAUUUGGCCCUGUCGACCUGGUAGAAUUCGUCUUUCAUUCUCUCCAAGGAAAUGUUUGCCUGUGCUGAGAAGUCUGCUGUAGGAGCAGAGCGUAAUAGAAUUAUUUUAUUUCAAGAGAAACUUUAAUUUUAUUUUGGCUUUUGCUUCUGAUGUGUUGCAGAUCAUUUUAGUGCCGACUAUAGCAGUAAAGGUGCAAAAAAAUGUAUGAAGGAUGAUUGUGCUGCAUAUAUAUGUGGAGAAAAUGAUUCUUGAUCACCUAUCUUUCAGUCUUAUUGCACAGUUGUUUUAUGUUAAACCAAGCUAACAGUUAUGUGACUUCUUGUGGUGUGCAUAUCUGUUGGUCUUCUCUCUGGUUUGCACUGAGAAUUCGUUGUACCAUUUGGUGAAAAUGUUAACUGUUUUGAAGGGAUUAUUUUACGGGGUAUAAUUGAUACCCAACUGUAAUAAGUAACCAAUCUCAUUGCUUGAUUGUGAUGACAUUAAUUCAUUUUAAUAUGUUUUCAUUUGCUGCUUCAGUACGAAUUAGAAUAAUAUUAUGGACCAGGAAACAGUAGGUUUAUCCACUUUUUAUAUAUAAUUUUUUAAGAAGGAUAAGCCUAGAUCACAAUAAUAACAGGGCACUUAAUAUGAUCCAAAAUACCUUAAAGAUUUUUUUGUUGUCUUGAUCUUGAGUUUACUUUUAAUUCCCCCAUUCAAACUUUUUUUUUCUAAGUUUAUUCUAUUGAAAUGAGGCCUAUAAAGUAAUUGCACCUGACUACUCACUGACAUCCUUCCACUGCCUUGCAUAACAACCUUCACCGUUCUUUAAAACUAAAAGAUUCCUCUAGCGUUUUGAUGUGAUUGCAAUCUAGAACAACUGGAGUAUUGUAAUUCUUGAAUAUGACGGAAAAUUCCUAAUCCUAGGUUUGUUUAUGACUUAAACAGUGUUGUGAGAGUAGGAUCUGUACAAUUAACGUGUUACAGAUUUGGCUAUUGAAGAAUAUAUAAUUCAAUUUAUUAUAAUCACUGCAAGAAAUUGAACAAUGCUCUGCUUCUUCUAAGGUUGCAUAAAUUGUUGACUGCUUGGUGAUAUUCAAAUUUUGCUGUCAGAUUACAGUGAGGUAGAUGUCUCUUUGAAGGUAAAGUCACCUUGGGAUAUAACACGAGGCAAAUAGAACGUAGAACUUGGAACAGUACAGCACAAGAAUGAGCCUUUCGGCCCAUGAUGUUGUGCCAAACGUGGUGCUGAGUUAAACUAAUCUCUUCUGCCGUCCUUGAUCCAUAUCUCUCUUCCUUGCCUAUUCAUGUGCUUCUCUAAACGCCCCUUAAACAUCCCUAUCGUAUCUGCCUCCAUCACCCUGACAGCGCAUUCCAGACACCUACCACUGUUUAAAAACUUGCCCCGCAUCUCCUUUGAACUUUCCCUCCCUCUCCCCCCCCCCCCCCCCCAAAAAAAACCCGUAAAUGCAUGUCACAUAGACUUUAUGUUAAAUACGAGAGGUCGAUUCUUGGUCAGUUUUAUUUUGGCUCGCAAAUCAAACCUCUGACCUCAGUUGAUGACUUGUUCUCCAUAUAUGUACAUAUAUGUACAUCCAUGCUUACCCAACAUAUAACCAUCACUGUUCCCUUGUUCUAUUUGAUCAUGGGCAUCUCUGCCAGACUUUACUAGAUGAUAACUGAAAGGUUAACAUUAUUCCACUCUUGACAGACCUGCUGAGAAUUUCUAGAAUUUUCUUUUUUUUAAAUUAAAUCCACAUUUCUAAUAACGAAACACAACAAAUUAAUUUUCAUGUAAUCAACAGCAAUGUAUCAUAAUGCAGCACACAUCUGCUGUGUUUAGUUAAUAAUAAACACGUAACCUUAUCUAUGAUGAUCAUUUCAAAACAACAACUACUGGAUAUAUACUACCACAUUAGAAAAUAGUUUUAAUUUGUGAUUUAAAUAAAUCAGUGGCAAGUCCCAUUCACCUCAACAGGAUAAGAAUCGCAAGAUGCUUCUGAAAAAACACAAACUGAACUUAGGAUUUCUCUCUGUGGUAUGGCCACUUAUCAUAGUGAAAGUUAACUAUUAAAGAAUGUACUCUGAAUAAAUUAUGCUAAUUGAGCUUCUUUGAUAGACCAGACAAUUUUAUAAAGUUGACAGCUAAUCCAUUUCUUGCAUCUGAUAGAUGCCAAAUGGCCUGAAAGUCGCAUCAGACUUUUGGUAUAAGAUGGUCCUGAAACUUUAAGUGAAUUGUUGUAUACUUUGAGGUGUUUAGUUUGGCAUUUAAUUCAUGUGUGAAAUUUUGACACAGUUUUGCCACCUCCUACUCAAUUGGUACAUUUGACUUAACGUUGAUCAUUAUUUAAAAAGGGAUAUGUUUAAUCAAACAUUGCUCACUCUUUGGUGAAGUAUACUGUAGAUUUCCUAGUUCAAGCUGCUGAUUUUUCUUUUCCUCUGCAAAAUUGCUGGAUGUUCCUUUUUAUUUUCUUGUGCUCCCUCAUCUCUCGAAGGUGAGUGUGCUGGGGGGAGAUGAAAGGAGGACGAGAAGCAGAGAGCAGGUGAGAGAAGAAGUUUAAAAGAAAUAAAUUUUGCUCUGGCUCCUGCUACAGGUUGUUUUAAUACAAAUGUGUGAAGUUAGGUGAGGAUUGGAUUGGAUGUUGAUUGAAUAACCUACCACAGUUGUAGGCUCUUGCUGGGAACCUUUUUGUAUCUUUCAAGUGAGCAUUCUUCAGUUGUGUACAAGAAAGCUUUUCAAUUGUGCUGUUGCUCACUCAUCUCAAAUUUAUGGGUGGUGUUACAGGUUUUAGCACCCCUGUUGGUAUUUCUGACUUUCUCACAUUGAUAUUGUAGAAAAACUACUGAAGUCUAUAAAAUUGUUGGUAGCCACUUCUCUGUUUGUAAACACGUUCAACAUCAUAUUCCUGAAUAAUAUAGAUAUAUUAAAUAACUAAAAAUUGAAGAACUAUGAAGAUUGGGCUGUUAAAAGGCAAUGGCCCAAUACUGCUAGAAUUCGUUCAUAUAUGAUGGAUAUGUCCUUCGCAGCUACCCAUUUUUCCAAAUUUGUUUCCAGGUUUUCCAGAGCCUAAAGAAUGUGUUCCCCCUUUAUGCUGAGCCAUACUUACGUGCCCUCUGACAACAAAAACCGUACUGUUUUUGAAUAAUACAAUUUAAAAAAGUAGUUAAUAUGAAGAAUAAUUUCUAAUGUGUUGUCUCCUUGGAAAGUAAUAUUUGUAAAUCCACAGUUUGUGCAGAAUUUAUUUUCAUCUUCUUGUUUCUGUAGUCUUUGAAAUUUAACACGAAAGUUGUGUUUUGCAAUGCAGUUGUAAACAUUGCUGUGAAGUCUUUGUCAGCCAGUACUACCUUUAGUACUACCUACUGUUAAUAUCUUCGCAGAUGCCAUUGUUGUACAACUUAAUACUUAAUAUUAAAACGAUAUUUGUGUUAGUUGCUAGAACCCGCUGCCUAAACUGGAAAAGGUGUGAAGUUCUGGUGUGUAAAUUAUCACUGCUAUCCAAAGCAGAACUCUAGUUAAAUGUUCUCUCCUAUGAUCACUUGUAUAACUGCUGAUAUUGGAUUGUUGAACACUUCAAGUUCAUUAUCAUGGAAAUUGGGAUGAGUGUCACGUACUAGGACUAGAAUUUUCAGGUAGUUUGGGCAUCUUCCGAUCAGGUUUGGUAGUCCAAGUGGUGUGAUCAUGUGCAAGUUAACUACUUAAUUUGUUUGUCAUGGUGAUUGCAUUUUCAAAGUCGGUUGAUACUGACGCAGCAUAUAAUUACAUUUAAAAUUUGGAGUUGACUGUUUGGUAUUAAAAGGGCUAUCUGUGUUUUAAGCAAAUGGCUUAACAGGCUGGGAGCAUGCAAAGUUUGAAGUCACUUCUAUUGCCGUGAUGCUGUGCGGCGCACACCUUUAUCCAGUGUCAUCUGACGUGCACACGUAGAUCAGUUUAUUUUUUAAAAUCCCCAUUUAUGGAUGAAUGAUUAAUUAAUUGUAUUUACUGAAUCUUUUCAUAAUGUUGAAAUAAAAUGUGUCAUAAAGCAAAUAUAUUAAUCUGUGACCAGAGUCUGAAAUGAUCUCGCAAGUUGCAUAGCAGGACAAUAUUUUGUACCUAUUAAAACCCUUUAGCAUGCUAUCUUUUAAAGCAGAAUGUCAAUUUAUUUAAUUUAAAGUACACAUUUUGGUAAUUUGCUCAAUGUUGUGAGCUACUUUUUAAGAUGCAUAAUUGUAAUCUUGUGUAUCUUCUAUAUGACCUUUUUUAACAAAUUGUUGUGUAAGAUUGUUUGGAUUCAAAGAGCCACUUCUCAUGAUUAGUAAAAACCAGUGAAGUACUAUAAAUCACCAACUUAUCUGUCCAUAUUUUCAAAGACAUUUGAACCUCCACGCCCUGCACUUUCUUGUGUUCUUCAAGACUAUAAUGUUUCUCCUGCAAUAUUUUAUAUGCCGUCCACAUUGAGUAUCAUUACCUAAAUGAAUCUUAAUAAACUGUUUAUUUCUAUUGAAAUCUA